AUGUGUGGGCUGCGUACCUGUUUUUUGUGCCUCGUCGUUGCAUUCUGCCUCCUCUUCGGAGUGUCCCACUCCACCAACGAGUCCGUUUGUGUCCUGAGCGAUGCGCCGCAGCAAUGUGGCGCCUUCUGCCUGGGUGCAGUGCAUCCACUGUGUGAUCAGUACGCCAAAUCCAAGCAAGAGGAGGCAAUAGUUAAGAUCAUAGCGGAUUCUCGGGCUGAGCAGAAAGAGCUCGUGAAUGACAUGGUGAAGCUGACAGCGGAUUCUCGGACUGAGCAGAAGGAGGCAAUGGUGAAACUAAUAGCGGAUUCUCAGGCUGAGCAGAAGGAGCUCGUGAAUCGGAGCCAAGAGGUAAUGGUGAAGAUGAUAGCGGAAUUUCGGACUGAGCAGAAGGAACUCAUGAAUCACAGCCGAGAGAUGGUGAAGGUGAUAGCGGGAUCUUGGGCUGAGCAGAAGGAGUCAAUGGAGAAGCUGAUAGCGGAAUUUCGAACUGAGCAGAAGGAGCUGUUGAAUGUCCUUGUGGCGAAUCCUACCGCGAGCAGACUUGAAUCCAUCUUGCAGAGCAUGCCAUAUAGACUGUCGCCUGCGUUGCAGAAGAUUGGAUCCAGAUACUUUCUCAUAGAAUUUAAUGAGAGGAAAUCCUGGACUGAUGCCGAGGAAACCUGUCGCGAAAGGGGCGGUCACCUAGCAGCCUUCCAAACCGAAGACGAGCUUGAAGCCGUCACAAGAAUCGUCAGUAUAUAUUCCUCCUUCUGGCUGGGUUACCAUCGAAAUAUUGAGGACGAAUUCGAGACGGCCGCCGGAAAUAAAGGAUCGUUCAUGAAGUGGUAUUCAGAAGAACCCAACAACAUUGGUGGCAAGCAGAACUGCGUUGGCCUGCACAAUUCAACCAUGUAUGAUGAGAAUUGCGAUAAUACCCAGGCCUUCAUUUGCCAGUUGGACAAGGUUUAA